GAUAUAUACAUAGAUAGAGUACCAUGCAAUACAUUGGAAGACUUCAAAGACCUGGACGGAAGUAUAAUGUGUGAUAAAAUACGGGACCCUCGUAAUCUGCGGCAGGUCAUAGCUGGAGGAAGAAAUGCUGAGAGGAAGCAGUUCCCUCACAUGGCUCUGAUUGGCUACGGCCCUGAUCCAACCAACGCUGAUUGGGUAUGUGGGGGUACCAUCAUCACUAACAAAUACAUAUUAACGGCUGCGCACUGUAUAUCUAGUCCUGCUUUGGGCAAAAUAAAAUACGCAGCUCUUGGCAUCCUGAAACGCGAUGAUGAUCAGAGAAUGUGGCACAUAUAUGACAUAGUACAAAUUAUUGGACAUCCGGACUACCAACCACCAUCAAAGUACCACGAUAUAGCUCUACUGAAAACUGGGAAAGAUAUUAUGUUCACUGACAGUGUUCUGCCAGCCUGUCUGCUAAAAGACCCUUCUAAAGAAGCUACAGUUGCCAUAGCAACAGGAUGGGGCACUAUGGGACAUCGGAAGCCGCUUGCUGAAAUAUUACAGAUGGUGGAAGUAGUCAGGUUUCAGGACACUGAUUGCAGAAGAGCGUAUCCUGUACAUAGACAUUUGGCUAAUGGUUAUGAUCCCACCACGCAGAUUUGUUAUGGAAGCGUAGAAGAAAUUAAUGAUACUUGUGAGGGAGACAGUGGUGGACCUCUACAAAUGGACGCGCGACCAGGCAUGCAGUGCAUGGCUAUUGUUUUUGGAGUGACCUCCUAUGGAAAAGCAUGUGGCUACAGGGGCAGCUCUGGAAUGUACACAAAAGUCAGCCAUUACAUUCCAUGGAUUGAAUCCAUUGUUGGGAGAUUACCUUAUUAAAGAAGUUUUUAAGCAUGUGUUGCUCUCGUCCGUGCGUCACUGCAAG